UUUCUGUUAAAGGAAUAUGGCCGCCACCUUGUAUUCAGUUUUAACUAUAGCGUUGCUAUUCUGUCGAGUUACUCCUGGAUCGACUUCUUGUUUACCCGGCUGCUCUUGCACAAAUGACAACUUGGGAAGAUCCCUACUUUGCAUGGAAACAGCCAUGGGACGAAUCCCAGACAAUGUUCCAAAUGAUUUCAGUAAAAUUCGAAUAGAGAAUUCUCAUCUGACCGAAUUACCCCGCGGCUCCUUCUCUAAAGUUAGUGCCUUGGUGUCUCUAUGGUUGAAUUUCAACGACAUCACCCUAAUGAACAUCAAGAGUCUGGAGGGGCUGACGAAUCUAACCGAACUACGGCUACAGGGGAACAAGCUGCGUUCAGUCCCAUGGACAGCGUUCCAGGAUACGCCGAACCUGAAGAUUUUGGACCUGAAACAUAACCGACUAGACGUGCUCCCGGAAUCUGCCCUGAGACAACUUCCAGGCCUGACCUAUUUAGACUUAUCCUUCAAUCAGCUUACUGUCAUAUCCAGGGAUGUCUUCGUCAACUGGCCUCUCCUCAACACUCAGGAGAGAAAAGGAAGUACAGAGCCAAGCAGUGGAGAGGCCAACGUUGUUUUAGCGCUGCACGACAACCCUUGGCUGUGUGACUGCCGCCUCAAAGGUUUCGUAGAGUUUAUCAAAAGUGUUAGUCCGCCUCUAAUUCUGAUGAACUCGUACCUGAUGUGCACGGGCCCCAGUUCCAGAGCGGGAAAGUUCUUCCACGAAGUCGGUUUGAAAACAUGUAUGAAGCCCGAGGCCUCAGCCUCAGAAAGCAACAUGACGGUGUCACUGGGGGACAAGGUAACCCUCCGGUGCUUAGUCAAAGCCAGGCCUGACCCCGCCAUCCACUGGUCAUACAGCCUGAAGAUUAUACGGGGAUUUACUGUCUCAGAGACCCGUGUGGACGAUGAGACCAUCAGAUCUCAGCUGGUCAUCCCAUCCCUUCACCUGGCGGACCGAGGCGCUUACACCUGCUUCGCCAACAACUUCAUAGGCAACUCCUCCGUCAGUUUCCUGGUCAACAUCAAGUCUUUCAACGCCUCCUCCUCCUCCUCCGUCGGUGCCGCCAUGUCUCUACCCCCGUUCCCCCUGGCCUCGGCCGACGGGAACGUCUACAUCGACAUCCGCAUCUCCAAGCAGACGGUCUACGGCAUCACUCUGGAGUGGUACGCGGCGACGGACAACCCUGCAGAGACCUGGUUCACCAUCCACUUGGGGAAAUACCACUCUGACAAAAAGGAGUUGACAUACAUCGGGCCGGGCAUCAACACCUAUUCGGUCAACGACCUCCUACCGGUUACUAAAUACGAGGUGUGUGUGACGCUGAAGAACCAGAUGCCUCGCGCCGGCCAGUGCAUCGUGUUUGUAACAGGAAGUGACAUCAGUCAGCUGGAACAACGGGAGAAGCUCAUCCAUAUUAUCGUGAUCGUGUGCGCCAUGGUGCUGGCGGUGCCCGUGGGGAUGUACGCCUGCACCACCGACACCAGAUGUAAGUUCAGCUGCCUGGACCGCUGUACGGAGCAGUGUAAGAGGAGGAGGAGGCAGGAGAAGACCCUGAGGACCAAUGGGGAGAGACAGGGGACCUUCGACAGCCUCCAGGCCGCCAGCGAUGAAGGACUCUGUGGAGACUCUGAAGAGGUGAUGAAGAAGAGGAGUAAGUCCUCAGACGAAAAAAACAACCACAGGGGAAAAGCACAAGAUCUACCAGAGACAACCACUGGAGCAAAGCUAUAUUAGCUGUAGGUUUAAAGUUUAAAAAUAUCUACUAAAGACAACCACUGGAGACAACCACUGGAGACAACCACUAGAGACAACCACUAGAGACAACCACUAGAGACAACCACUAGAGACAACCACUAGAGACAACCACUAGAGACAACCACUGGAGGCAACCGCUAGAGACAACCACUAGAGACAACCACUAGAGACAACCACUAGAGACAAAGCUAUAUUCGCUGUAGGUUUAACGUUUUAAAAAGCCACUAGAGACAAUCACUAGAGACAACCACUAGAGACAACCACUAGAGACAACCACCAGAGACAACCACUAGAGACAACCACUAGAGACAACCACUGGAGACAACCACUAGAGACAACCACUAGAGACAAAGCUAUAUUCGCUGUAGGUUUAACAUUUUAAAAAGCCACUAGAGACAAUCACUAGAGACAACCACUAGAGACAAAGCUAUAUUCGCUGUAGGUUUAACGUUUUAAAAAGCCACUAGAGACAAUCACUAGAGACAACCACUAGAGACAACCACUAGAGACAACCACCAGAGACAACCACUAGAGACAACCACUAGAGACAACCACUGGAGACAACCACUAGAGACAACCACUAGAGACAACCACUAGAGACAACCACCAGAGACAACCACCAGAGACAACCACUAGAGACAACCACUAGAGACAACCACCAGAGACAACCACUAGAGACAACCACUAGAGACAACCACUAGAGACAACCACCAGAGACAACCACUAGAGACAACCACUAGAGACAACCACUAGAGACAAAGCUAUAUUCGCUGUAGGUUUAACGUUUUAAAAAGCCACUAGAGACAACCACCAGAGACAACCACUAGAGACAACCACUAG